AUGUCUUUAACGAACGUGAAAAUGACAGAGGAAGUCUGGUUUACUUGUCUCACCCAUGCAUUGUCUACUGAGACUGAAGAAAUCCUUGGCCUCCUUCUCGGUGAUAUUGAGUACGCAAAAAAUGGCAAUGUUACUGCAUUAAUUUGGGGAGCCUCGCCUCAGUCAAGAUCUGAUCGGAGAAAGGACCGAGUGGAGACAAAACCAGAACAGUUGGCUGCUGCAUCAGCUCAAGCUGAGAUAUCCUUUAACUGUUCUUCAUCAACAGGACGAACAACAAGAGUGAUCGGGUGGUACCAUUCACAUCCUCACAUUACAGUACUUCCUUCUCAUGUUGACGUGAGGACUCAGGCAAUGUACCAACUUCUAGAUCCUGGGUUUAUCGGCCUUAUAUUUUCCUGUUUUAAUGAGGAUGUCAAUAAGAUUGGAAGAAUCCAGGUCAUUGCUUUCCAGUCAUCAGAUGGGAAACAGAAUAACAUGUUAAGACCUGUUUCUGCAUUGCCUGUGAAUAGAAGUUCAAUAAUAGAGCUUGAUUCAUCUUCCUCAGAAAUUGCAAGUCUGGAGGGCCCUGAACUGGACACUGCCGAUUCAAGAGCAGCUGCAGGGUCUAGUAAGGGAGGGGCAAGAUCUUUGGGUUUGGGAGAUUUCUUUGCUAAUGCUGAUGCCAACUAUGUCGGGAGAGAGAGAGUUGGAGGAAACUAUCAUAGCAGCAAUUCAGGCGAUAAGAUAACUGAUAUAGACCCCAUGGACAUGUCAGAAAGUAUGCAGGAAGCUAUGCAUCGCUCAAAUUUGGACAUGAGUGGUGCUGAGUAUUGCAGAAGAGAAAUUCCUCUUCAUGUUUUGCCCACAUGCUCUCUGCUUAAGCUUGAUUCUCCUUUGAUAUCAUUUGGUGAUUUGCAACGUGUGUUAUAUGAAGAGGAGCGAGGAGCAUACAACCAAGCCAUCUUGCAGAAUAUGAGGAAUGGAAAAGUACACCCCCUGACUUUCAUUCACCACACAGCAACAUAUCAGGCUUCCAUGUGCAAAUUGAUUGAAUAUUGUCUAAGUCCUGCCAUAAAUGCGCUCCAGGGCCGCUUGAGAGAGAAUGAAAUUCGGUUGGCAACACUUACUGAUGAAACCAAGAGUUUGGAGAUGGAAGCCUCUAAAGGAAGUGAGUUAAGUUCCAGAUCUCCCCGUCAAGUGCCAUCUCAUGGACUCCGAGGAAGUGCUUCGUCUGGUCAGAGGGACUUUCAUGAUUCAUCAGAAUCUUUUAGCUCGAGGACUGUUGCCAGCCGAAGUAGAACAAGCUCCUCAUAG